CGUUUGAUACUUUAUAUGAUGACCAUCUUCUUUUCAUGCUUCAUAUUAUAUAAGAUAGGUUAUAAUCUGCUGGCUACACUUUGAGCCUAAAAUGGCAGAUCCCAAAGCCUGCAACAAAAAGCUUGAGGGCAAGGUAGCCAUAAUCACUGGUGGUGCCAGUGGAAUCGGUGAGGCCACCGUGCACCUCUUUGUCGAUCAUGGCGCACGAGCCAUCGUGAUUGCAGACAUCCAAGAUGAGAAGGGCAAGGAACUUGCUGCAUCGAGUCGAUUCCGUUGCACCUGUACCUAUGUCCACUGCGACAUAACAAAGGAGCAAGACGUUGAAUUGCUGGUUCAAUCCACGAUUCAAUUGUUCGGUCGCUUAGACAUCAUGUUUUGCAAUGCGGGCGUUAUGAGUAAAUCUUUGCAAACAAUCCUCGAUUUCGACUUAUCAUUGUACGAAAGGCUCUUCGCUAUCAACGUAGGCGGGGUUGCUGCCGGUAUCAAGCACGCAGGGCUUGCCAUGGUGAAGGCAAAUACCAAAGGAAGCAUCAUAUGCACCGCUAGUAUAGCUGCAAGCGUAGGGAGCGAUAGGCAUACGGAUUACGUGAUGUCGAAAAACGCGGUGUUGGCUUUGAUGAGGUGUGCAAGUACUCAAUUAGGUCCACAUGGGAUACGUGUUAACUGUGUGUCGCCAGGGCCAGUGGCAACGCCUUUGCUUUGCGAAGCUUUCGGGAUGGGGGCGGAGGACGUAGAGACAAGCUUCGCGAGGAUGUAUUGGUUGAAAAAUAAUGGAGUAUUGAAGGUGAAGCAUGUGGCUGAUGCUGUUCUGUUCCUUGCUAGUGAGGAGUCUCAGUUCAUCACUGGCCAUAAUCUGGUUGUAGAUGGCGGGUUUCACCCUUCAGUACCCUAAUGUUUUUCAACCCUUUUUUAUAGAACUAGUUUGGCAAUGUUUUUGAAAAGUAUUUUUGAAAAGUGCUGUGGAAAAGUGCUUUUGAGAAAUGCUUUUAAAAAAGUUUGGUUUAAAACUAGAGUGUUUAGCAUUGAUGUAAAAAAGUGCUUUUGAGAAAUAAAAU